CUGUUCAACUUCUAAUGACUGGAUCUGUGAUUUGUGCAGAAUGAAAGCCGACACAAAUCAUACCACUGAGGUCAGUGGUCAAGAAGGUGAGGAGAAGAUCCAAGACAGAGGUCAAUGGAGCAACAAGCUGGAAUUUGUGCUAUCUGUAGCUGGGUCCAUUAUUGGUCUGGGAAACAUGUGGCGUUUCCCAUACUUGUGCUACAAGAAUGGAGGAGGUGCCUUUCUCAUUCCUUACUUCAUCUUCCUGUUUACGUGUGGGAUUCCUGUCUUCUUCUUGGAAACGGCUUUGGGCCAGUUCACCAGUGAAGGAGGCAUCACCUGCUGGAGGAAAAUCAGCCCUCUGUUUGAGGGUCUUGGCUAUGGAACACAGGUCAUCGUGUCCUUAUUAAACUUCUACUACAUUAUUGUUCUGUCGUGGGCUAUUUUUUACUUCUACUUUUCAUUCUCCUGGGAUCUGCCUUGGUCUUCAUGCCACAACGAAUGGAAUCUGGAGACCUGUGUGGAGUUUCAGAAGAGGAAUGAUUCAGUCAACUUUACAGCACCUGCCAACGCUACUUCUCCUGUCAUUGAAUUUUGGGAGAGAAGGGUGCUGCGGCUAUCUUCAGGUAUCGACCAAAUGGGCUCCCUGAACUGGGAUUUAGCCCUGUGUUUGCUCAUCGCCUGGGUCCUCUGCUACUUUUGUAUCUGGAAGGGGGUGAAAUCUACUGGAAAGGUAGUGUAUUUCACUGCCACUUUUCCCUACCUCAUGCUGUUGGUGCUUCUUAUUCGAGGUCUGACACUGCCCGGGGCUGGCAUAGGAAUCCAGUUUUAUCUCUUCCCUGACCUGCGACGUCUAGCUGAUCCACAGGUGUGGAUGGAUGCAGGGACCCAGAUUUUCUUUUCCUAUGCCAUCUGUUUGGGGAGUCUAACAGCUUUGGGAAGCUACAACAAAUACAACAACAACUGCUAUAGGGACUGCUUGGCAUUGUGCUUUCUAAACAGUGGGACAAGCUUUGUGGCUGGUUUUGCCAUCUUUUCUAUUCUUGGUUUCAUGGCAUUUGAGCAGAAUGUUCCCAUUUCAGAAGUGGCAGAAUCUGGUCCGGGUCUUGCGUUCAUUGCGUACCCCCGGGCAGUUUCACUGAUGCCUUUCUCUCCUCUGUGGGCUUGCUGCUUCUUCAUUAUGAUCAUCUUCCUGGGACUAGACAGCCAGUUCGUGUGCGUUGAAAGCUUGGUUACAGCCAUUGUGGACAUGUAUCCAACUGUAUUUCGUCGUAAGUACCGCAGGGAGCUCUUCCUUCUUGUGGUGUGCCUCCUGUCCUACCUCAUGGGCCUUGUUAUGCUGAUGGAGGGUGGGAUGUACGUCUUCCAACUCUUUGAUUACUAUGCAGCAUCUGGCAUGUGUCUGCUCUUCAUGGCCAUAUUUGAGACUGUCUGCAUUGCUUGGAUUUAUGGUGCUGAUCGUUUCUACGAUAACAUUGAGGACAUGAUUGGGUAUCGUCCAGGCCCUCUGAUUAAGUACUGCUGGAUGUUUUUUACUCCAAUCACCUGCAUAGGAACGUUUGGUUUCUCCCUCAUUAAAUACACACCCCUUAAAUACAACAAUGAGUAUGUGUAUCCUUGGUGGGGUUAUGCAGUCGGCUGGCUCCUGGCUCUUUCCUCCAUGCUCUGCAUUCCUGUGUGCAUGAUCUACAAAAUUCUCAGGACAGAAGGAACCCUAAAAGAGAGGAUACAAACUUUGAUCAGACCGUCCACAGAUUUACCCAAAACCAGGAAGGAGCAGGUUAGUUUACUGGCUGUCUUUGCUCCAGAGGAAUCAACUCCAUGUAAUAACAAAGACGGCUUACUGCCAGUUCAUCAGAUGGACACUAAAUUAUAGAGACUUCCUUUCUCUUCAAAUUUUUUGGCAUUUUUUCCCUAAUUUUUUCUCCCAAUAUAGUCGUAUCCAAUUACCUGAUUGCAUUACACUUCCUCUCUACUGAUGUUGAUGUCCACCCUGGUUGAGGAGAGCCAAGACUGACACACGCCCCCUCUGACACGUGUGCAGUAGCCGACUGCAUCUUUUCACCUGCACAAGGAGAGUUCAUAUGUGGAUCAGCUUUGUGUACAGAGAGUACUUUGUGUACUUGAUCAAUGCAUUAUCCCUCGUCUCUGUGCAGGCACCAUAAAUCAGCCAGCAGAGGUCGUAAAUGCAUCAGUUAUGAGAUCCCGUCCUGCACCUCCCCCCCUUAACAACAGCCAAUCGUUGUUCGUGUAGGCGCCCAGCCUGCCGGAUGGCAGCUGAGAUUCAAACCGACGUGUUCAAGAUGUCAGCUCUGGUGUGCUAGGGUGUUUUACCGCUGUGCCACCUGAGCGCCCUCUUCCAAUUUUUUUUAUCAAAUCUUCAUCCAAUGCAUCUGUAGCACAUCUGCAAUUACCACAGACAAUCAUUUCAAAGAGCUUCUAGGUUAUGAGAAAAGAAAAGAAAACUAGUUGUCUUAAAAUUCACCUAUAAUAGAACCUUAAGGGCAGUUGGCAAGGGAAUGCCCCAGGAAACACUGCCCAAAAGGCAUAAAAAGCGGUGAUCCAUUUACGUACUUACUUAAUGGGGACAAUUGAAGUAUCCGAUCUCUCUUCUGCAUUUAGAAGAAAACUAGAGUCCCUUUAUCCACAUAGAAACAAAAUUGUAUGUCGAAACUUGAAGAUCCUGAGAAUUUAAUUUAUGAUCCCAGAAUCCAUGUUGCUGUGGGAACACCUGCACGACCUGCUGCACCACCGUUCUGAUCAGCAACUGUAUAACAUGAAUUAAAAACUGUUGAGUCUUUAUGAGGUCUAGGGUUUACAAAUUAAAAUGUAUUUCCUGUCACUUUUGGUGUGUGUUUUGUUUUCAGUACAGAAUAUGCUUGUCAUUUGUUUACUUAAUUUGUUUUAUGUUUAACAGUGAAGCUAAUAUGAGUGAACCAUCAUGCUAGUUUCCAUUGUAGCUAUGUUUUUAUGGAUUCAAGCUUGAUUAAAAAACAUUUUGUUUUUA